AUGCAUCGUCGUCUCGGAAAGUGGUCGGUUACCUUUGGAUCUGGUUGGAGAAAUCAAUACAAUCAGCCAAACAACUGUCUGCGUGAAUUGUCAAGUGUUACAAUGGUAUGUUGGUAUCUUAUCUUGUUGGGCUUGAUCUUUGGUGUUUUCGACUUGCUUUUGAUGGUCUUACUGUGGCUUUUCUCUAAUUUUGUUACGUUAUUUUGAUCUUCAUUAUUUGAACAGGUCCUCCUUGUUGAUCGUUUGAAAUUUUUUAAAAUUUUUAAACUUUCAACUUUAUUUUUUCAUAACAUUAGUAAAAUUACCUUUUCCUCUGCUACAAUGGACCGCCUAGCCCUAUUUGCAAUCUCACAAUUGUUGUAUCAACAGGGAAAAACUUAACCCAAAGGGAGGGAAAAACUUGACCCGCACCAGCUUUUCCUAGACACGAGCAACGGGCCGGGCCUGAGCAAAAUCGAAAACGGGCCGGGCUUGAAAAUUGGGCCCGGGCCCGAAAAAAAAAUUUUAAAUUUUUUGAAAUUUUUUAUUUUACUUCCCGUUUAUGUUUUUUGGUUUUAUUGGAUUCUAUGAUCCAUAAAUGACCUAAAAAAAAACAAUUUAAAGCCGAAUUUCCGUUUAGUUUUAAGUUUUAAAAUUUUUAAAAUUUUUUAAAACGGGCCGGGCCGGGCCUAGAAAUUUUCUGAUCGGGCCGGGCCGGGCCUGACCAAAAUCAAAAACGGGCCGGGCCUAAAAUUUAGGUCCGGCCCGGCACGUUGCUCAUGUCUAGCUUUUCCAAUUUUUCGGCUCGAAUAUUUGGCUGAUGUUCAAUAUUAACAUGUCUUCCUAAUUGCUUUUUGUACAUUUUAUAUUCGAUAUUAAGCCUAAAAUGCCGAUUUCAGAAGUCUGGUUCACAACGCGCGAUAAUAUGCAUUUUGAUAGUGGCUAUUGGAAUAACAAGCCUUCUUCCUGCGACUGAAGCUAAAGCCGAAUUCGACGAACAAUGUUUGGAUUCCGUCGCCGGUACUACUGGGUACUUAGUGUACAAAAAGGACGGCAAGAUUAAGAUCUUCAAGCAGGAAUCAUCGGAGAACGGUGAGUUUUUGGUGUUUGAUAUUGUGAUUGAUCAUAUUAUAGGAGUUUGGUAUUGUGAUUGAUCAUAGUUUGAGUUUUCGAUAUUGCGAUCAAAAAUGACGUGCUUUUAUUCAAAUUUUAGAGCAAUGCGGACAGGAAAUCUUUGUUAACGUCAGGCCGGACGAUAAAAAGGGAGAGAUUGUGGACUGCACGUUGUUUCAUAUGAAUGAUCCCCUCAUGCUGGUUGUAUCAUGUUAUUACGACAAGGGAGGUGGUCACGAUCUGUCGUUCCUUGGCGUAUACGAAGUGUGAGUUAUUUUGGGUAACAUAAACGUACGAGGUGUGAGUUUUACUGAACAUAAAUGUACGAAUUGUGAUUUGAGUAACACAAACGUAUGAAAACUAUAAAGUCUAAAGCAACUUUGUUUCAGGAAGGCUUGCAAGUUUGACAAGUUAUACGAAUACGUCCGUGAGAUGCCACACGAGGGGGUUGGAGCUAUUUGUUUGAGCGAACCUAAAUUCCAGAAUUGUGGUAAAGAUUUUGCCAAAUGUGUAGAUGUAUGUUUUCAUAGUUAUAGGCUUUUUAUUUUUAUAUUUAUAUACAUUUUAAGUUUUAUAAUCAUACACAUGUUUAAUUGCAAUUUUGUCAAUUACCUACUUGUCUAAUUCUAAUGUUCAUAUAAUACUUAAUUAUAAUAAUUUAGUAAUAAUUGUUGUUUCAGGGCCAGCCGGAGGAAGGUGUGUUCAAAGUGUUUGGAAGUGGGCAAUGCAUCGCCGGAUACCUGGAGAUUUUAAACCUAGCUGUAUACAACGGCAUAAGAAAACGUUUUGUAGUUGACCAAGCUGAUGGUAAAACGGCCUAUAUUGAGGUAAGGACAUGGUCAGUGACGAUCAGGCAAUUUUGGUUUUGUGUGAGGUUUAAAAGUGUUUUUUGUCCAGCUGCAGUCUGAAAGGCAUUUCUUGUUUACUUGUAGACUAAACUUGAUUUUUUGUCCGAUUAUAGACAAGCAUUUUUUUUUCAUAAUUUAACAAGGGCCAACAUGAUCUUUAAAAAGGUCACCUUUAUGGAGAAUUUGAGAAUUCGCCGUUGUAUUCAAGUGUACUAAGUCUUUCUUGAUGAAUAUGUAAUAUUGUUGUUUCAGAACCACUAUUUGAAAAACGCAGGUAGUUUGGUGGGAAAGUACGGACCGGUUUUGUUGACUAAAAAAGGCGAUAGUAUCUAUACGGCUGUGUUGUAAGUCAUUUUUUUUCUGUACUGUAAAAAGUUGAGAUAACUCUACUUUAAAGGAAACACAACUGUCCAGUUACCAGUGGGGAACAGGAGGUUUUGAUUUAUUUUUAGAGGCAAGGCCUUGCCUAAAAAUCUAAACAAUUCUUUUCAGCGACCACAUCAAAUGUAUUCGAAAGCUAAAGGUUAAAGGUUCUAAUGGCGAAUUGAUUGGCUACACGAUCGAUUUGGCCACGUAUGCCAAGAAAGCGAAUGAAGUGUAUGCGGCGGCCAAGAAACAGAACACCACUUGUCUCAGCAAACGAAAAAUCGGCGUCCUCCUCGCGUACGGCACGGACGGCUACAGGGCACGAGUUAAAAUGCUUGACUCUAGUUGGUGCAAGCCGUGAGUUGAUUUUUUUAGUGUUUUGUGCUAUCUUUAUGGGAAUUAUGAUGUUAAUUAAACAUGGUACAAUAAUAAAAAAUUCAAAAAGGAAAUUAAAUUAAUUUUAAAUCGAAAAAUGUCAGGUUAUAUCUAAAAUUUGCAUUUUAGACAGAUUGAAAGUGUCAUAAAGGGUGCUAGUAUAGUGUUAGCCGUGAUUACCACAUUACUGUUGGGUUCGUGUAUCGCUAUCUUCGCCUCCAUUUAUGUAGGCAAAGGAAUGAUGAUAAAGGAAGGAAGACCGUUGCCGCCAAAGCCUUGGGGUAAGUUUGAUUUUAUACGUUUGAUGGUGUAAAGUAUUGCUUUUUUUACGUUUACUGGUAUAAAGUAGUGCUUUUUCGCGCUUGAUGGUACAAAAUAAAUGGUUCUUUAACAAGUCCUUGAGUUUGAUGCAAUAACACUUCCUUUUUUUCACUUAUGGUGGUAUAAAAUGGUCGUUUUUCAGAGAAACGCCGUGGCAAUGACAGUUUGAUGACCGCCGGAGUUACCGAAAAUGCCUCAGCCUAUGGUACCGUCGCUACCACCGUAUCCGAAGCCGAUGCUUCCCAGAUGUCUCAGGCCUCACAGGCUUCGCAGGCGUCUCAAGCUACCCCCUCCAGUGCCCCCGCUUAGACCAACUAUCGAAGUGUGCUACUGAUCUCCCCCAGUUAUUGCGGACUAUAUUUGGAAAUAAAUUUUUGUAAAGUAACAGUAUUGUAAUGUGAUUUUGUGUUGUAGAUUUAAUGUUGAAUGUUUUGUCAUUUUGUACGUAAUAUAGCUUUCAUCCCUGUAAACGAUAAUGUAAAUUUUGAUAUUGGAUAUGCGAGUAACGUUAGUCUUCUUCCAUCGACCAGCCGAAUCUAUCGUAUGCCUAUAUUGAGCGGCGGCAUAUAAUUACAAUAAAACUGAGAAUAACCCAAACCUUUCUCAUGAGUACAUUUGACAUGGAUCACCACCCACUCACCCCAUCAGCCUCCGCUUCCCGAAAUCUCUCUUAUCUCCGCGUUGGCCGCGAUCUCUGAGCCGCGCAACGUUCUUGAAUUUCGUUUGGAUCCAGAAGAAGGGACACCUCUCGAGACUGCCUUCAUUCCCAAACAGCUUGGCCCACAACACGACUUGAACAUGGCUGACGACGAGCAAUAGUAAGUUUUCUAAAACGAGGUUUAUAUUACUGAUAUUAAUAUAGUGAAGAAUCAAGUCCAUUAUUAUUAUCACAUUGAUAAAGGCAACCCAGGGACGUCGUUUGGGGGAGGGGGGGGGGUACCCCCUCCCCCAGAGCUGAUCCGAAAAAAAUAGCACAGGUAGGUACGCGAAAAAACGAAAAAAAAAAUUUUUGAAAAAUCGGUCCACAGGUCCCUACCUGUGGACGAAAAAUUUUUUUUCGACGUCCCCCUUCCCCAGAGAAAAUCCGUAGCGACGUCCCUGAGGCAACCACCUUCCUUAAAAUGAAUAACGAGCCAUGUAGGUUUAGCCUGCGCCGGUUUCGAGCUAAAAUGAAGGGCCGGGCCUAUAAAUGACGGCUCUCUUUAUCCUUUCGAAUAUUAAGAUAACGAAGUGCCAAAACUUUUUCCUUCUUUUUGAUGUGGCGUUAUCAAUAUAUAUCUUGUUAUAAUCAACAAACACCUUGGUUUUUUAUUCAGUUUUAAAUUAUUCUGUAAAAAAGCCGAUCUAAUUUCAAAAUUUUGAUAUUAUACUUGAUAUUUUAGCAGUGAAGAGGAGGAGUACGAGGAAGAGGAAGAAGAGGUAGAAGCCGAGGAAAUCUCCAAGUAAGUUUUUAUAAUCAACUUGUCAAAACUUUAUGUUCCAUUAAUUUUAAAAUUAACUGAACCUUUCUUAACUUCAAACUCCACUUUUAAUCUCAAACUCUUAUGAUAUUAUCUUAGACCAGCCGAGCCGAAGCCAGCUGCUGCUCCCGCCGCUCACGACGACGAUGUGGACGAGUCCAACAUGACCGAAGCCGAGAAGGCGAUGCUGGAUGCGAAGCGUCGUCAGAAAGAAGAGGAUGAAGCCAAACUUCAGGAUUACGAAGAACGCCGCAAAAGCGAACGUGAACGUGAGGAAGAAGAGCUGAGACUGCUGAAGGAGAAGCAAGAACAACGGCGGAUUCAGCGUGAAGAAGAGGAACGUGAACAAGCCGAAAGAAGGAAGCAGGAGGAGGAGAGGAGGAAACAGGAAGAGGUAUGGAUCUUGUUUGUUGAAGAAAGGUUUGAAAUUCAAAAAAUAUUAAAAAUCGUGUAAAAAACUUAAAACAAUAUAAAACAUUUAAUUUAAAAAUAUUAGUCAUUCUUUGUAUUAUAUUUGAUUACUAUACCUCAAGAUACCUUCAGGAAGAACGAAAAGCCCGUUUGGAAGAAGAACGAAAGAAGAAAGAGGAGGAGAAGAAGAAGAAGGCCGCCUUUACUGGUGCUUUCCCAAUGGGACAAGGCACUGGUCCCAACUUUGUUCUGCCAGAAAAGAAGGACAAGGGCAAUGACAAGUUCGGAAACAUUGUCCAAGCCAAACAAGAGAUGGGAAUGACCAAGGAACAGCAAGAAGAGGCCAAGAAAAACCAUUUGGUGGUGAUCGAAGGUGGCAUGAACUUUGACGGUCUCUCUGGCAGCGAAUUGAAGGCCAAGAUCAAGGAGAUGCAUCAGAAGAUUUGCAAGUUGGAGGCCGAGAAGUAUGACCUGGAGAAACGUCACGAACGUCAGGAGUACGAUGUAAGGUUUAUCAAAAGUUUAAAAUUUUUUGCUUUUUAAAAUUUUUGUACUUCAGGAAGGGUAAGCUUACUAUAAUUUCGAAAAAUUCAAACUGAAACAUUGAAAUUUGCUCGUUUAGCUGAAAGAACUGAACGAACGUCAACGUCAAGUAGCUCGUAACAAGGCGUUGAAGAAGGGUCUUGACCCCAGUGACACCGAAAACUCACGUUACCCACCAAAAGUGUCCAUCUCCUCGAAAUACGACCGACAAAUCGACCGGAGAAACUUCAAGGAACGCCGUGCUGUUUUUGACAAAGUAGGUUGACUCUAGUUAUAGAUUGAGUUAAAAACGAGAAGUUUCUAACACUUGAUAGUAAUCCUAUCUAGAAGUACUACAAGUUUAUUACGUUUAGUACUGUAUAGUAUUAAUUAAAAGUUUUUUUAACAAAUUUGCAAAAUUCAAUACAAAAGUUUUUUUGAAUUUAGAAAAUUUAAAUUAAAAUUCAAAAAUUUAGUCCUAUGCCUACCCCUGCUUCCCCAAUAUCCCACCCCCGCCUGUUAUACUGGAAUUCAAGCUUCAAAAAGGCUCCGAAGCCGGCGACGGUGAAGGCGAACAAAAUGUGGAAGAGGUCGAGGAAGAGUACGACGAAGAGUAA